CCUAUUUUCAAGUAAUUUUAUUGUGUUUAAGUUCCUUGUCUCUGCAUCGGAAUUUACGAUAGAUUUACUUAAUCAACAUUAAUUCAAUUGUACAUACAUGAACGUAACUGUUUGUAAAAAUAUUUCUUAUAAUGUAACCUACAAUAAACGAUAAGAUUUGGGAUUGAAUUUGAUUUAGAAACUACUUCAUGAAAUAAAAUGAAUGGAUUUAUAGCUGUCCACUGUGGGGCUGGUUAUCAUAGUGACUCAUUGAAGAAAGAAUAUCAAAAGACUUGCUUUUUAGCAUGUAGAAAAGCGGCCGAAGCUUUGCAGCAGGGUGGCAACGCUGUAGACGCAGUGGAGAAGGCUAUUAUUGAAUUAGAGAACAGUCCACUGACAAAUGCUGGCUAUGGAUCAAAUUUAAGUUGGAAUGGCUCUGUAGAAUGUGAUGCUUCUGUUAUGAAUGGCCAAACACUGCAUUUUGGUGCUUGUGGAGCUGUAUCCAAUGUUUGGAAUCCUAUUACUUUAGCCAAGCAGCUUUGUAUUAAGCAAUGUGACAAUUUAUCUCUGGGUAGAGUACCACCUUGUAUACUGACUGGAAAUGGAGCAAGGUCUUGGGCGGAAAGAAUGGGCCUCCAAAUUGUAGACGAUCACAAAAUGGUCUCAUCACGUGCAUUUCGUAAUUACAAACAUUGUAAAAGAAAGCUGAAACGUUAUUCUAUACAAAAUGAUGUGAAAUUCAGCCCUCUAGACACAGUUGGGGCUAUAUGUGUAGAUUCAAAUGGUAUUGUGGCCUCUGGAGCUAGUUCUGGGGGAGUUUCUCUGAAGCAUGAAGGAAGGGUUGGCCAGGCAGCUUCUUUUGGAAGUGGUGUUUGGGCAAUCAUGAGCAGGGAUGGCACAAAGCCUUCAGUUGCCGCCUGUACAUCUGGAUGUGGAGAACAUUUGAUCAGAACACAACUAGCUAAAAAUUCAGCUGAAAGUUUGCUUGAGUCUUCCCCAGUUUUAGGGCUCGAUAAAUGUUUGAAGGAAAACUUUUUGGAAUCUCCAUUUUUGUGGGAUGUUCCCGAAAGACUGGGUGGUACCUUAGCCUUAAAAUUUGACUCAUUGAAUGGAGAAGGAGAAUUACUUUGGGGACACACUACAAAAACAAUGUGCAUUGGUUACAUGUCAACAGAAAUUGAUAGACCUAAGUGCAUCAUAUCCUAUCUGCCACAAAAAGUUGAACCUGGUCGGAAGGCAGUUGUUUCUGGUCAGUCAUUCAAAGUAUCAAUGCAAUCUUGUCCUGUGUUCAAGUGGGAGGUAAAGGCUGAACCCAGCUGUAACGGAUCUCUUUAGUAUAGUACCAUAAAGAUAAGCAAUAAAUCAAUGUGAAAUGCAGUUGAAAAAUAAAGUCAUAUUAUAA